AAAAGGCUGACAGGGUGUUUGUCUCCAGGACUUAGGCCAAACAAUACGAAUACUGCACAGGCUGCACACUGAAAUAUCUUUUGGAACCAGGAAGAAUGUUUUGAACUUUUACUGCUUUCUUUUAACUUGGUUUUGGACUUUUAUAGCUGUAAAAACGUGGGUUGAUUGGACCGCAUUUUGGUUUACUGGAGAGUUCACCGCGUUAACACAGUUUACCCUAGGUGUCUAGUGUUUCGCUGGUUGCAAUCUAAACGCCGACAUCGCAGCUGGAAGAAUGUUGGCUCCCGCGAGAAAAGCACUGGAUAGUGUGCACACCUCAGUUCACAAUGUGAUGCCUGUCGGAAUACGGACAUACUUUUACCACGAAAACUCCGUUGUGCAGCAAGCAAAGCCUUUCUUCGCCGUUGUCGGAGGAGCCACGGUGCUGUACUUGUCAGUGAAAUGGGCAGUUUGCAUUGGGAAAGCGGUGACUUCCUACUGCUUAGCAGGACCACUGAAGUUGGGUGCGGAUUUGAAGAAAGUCGGUGACUGGGCAGUUGUUACCGGCGGAAGUGAUGGCAUCGGAAAAGAGUUCGCUUUUCAGCUGGCACAGAAAGGCCUUAAUAUCGUUUUAAUUGCUCGGAGUAUUGAUAAACUGGAGGGUGUUGCACGGGAAAUAACGGCCAAAUACAAUGUUCAGACCAAGAUAAUCGCGAUCGAUUUAUCCAAAAUGGGUCCGCAUAACGUCCCUCAAAUGCAGGAAGAACUGAAGGAUCUAAACAUAGCAAUCUUAGUUAAUUCUGCCGGAGCUUUGGGUUCAAUAGGCAAAUUCCUUACAACUGGAUCUGAUGAGGAAGUUGCAAACAUUAUCAACCUGAACGCCCGCGCCACUGUUAUGAUGUCACGUGCCGUGAUGCCUUUAUUAAUAAGCAAGAAGCAACCUAAUCAGAAAAAGUAUGUCAUUAUGGUUGGUGCAAUAUUGGGUGGAGCAAGACCGGCUCCAGGAGCAGCGGUUUAUGGAGCAACCAAAGCAUUUAUGGAUUCAUUCGCUCAGGCUGUUCACCAUGAAUACAAGGGUCAAAACAUCUGUGUGCAGAGUUUUAUUCCGGGAGCGACAAAAACCAAGAUGCUGCCAUUAUCAAUGCACAAGAGUAACAUGGUGCCUACGCCUAACGAAGUCGUAACUGCAUCUUUGGCACAGUUGGGAGUGCGUUCUCGCACAUUUGGACAUUGGAAGCAUGGCAUUAUGCUUUUGACAAUCAUGGCUUCCCGAUUUCACUUCGGUUAUUCCGGAAACUUGCCCCUAGUGCCUCAAAUUGAUCGAGUUUUAGCUCCGGUAGUACAAUUUAAGAGCUAUUUGGCCGCGGCGGGAGCACUGUAUUUGGGCUAUAAGUCAGCACAGGCGCUUUACUGCCUGGGACGCGGGGUUUUCUCGUACGCUCUCGCUAAUCCUCUGCAUUUGGGGCCUGAUUUACGCAAAGUCGGUGAAUGGGCAGUUGUGACGGGAUCUAGCGAUGGGAUGGGCAAGGAAUGGGCGUUCCAGUUGGCCGCAAAAGGAUUGAAUGUGAUCCUGGUUGCACGAAAUCAAGAAAAAACGGAAAAAGUUGCACAAGAAAUCCGUUCAAUCCACAAAGUGCUCGCUCGAACAAUUAUCAUUGAUCUGGCUCAGAUCUCGGUGGACGAUGUGAAGAAUCUGCAGGAUCAGUUGCGCACUCUGAGAAUUGCCGUUCUUGUCAACAAUGCUGGCCUGUAUUUUCCGGAAGAAAAGUUUUUGGCAAAUCCGGUUACGGAUGAGAAAGCCGUGGAAAUGAUCACCGUUAAUAUUACGGCUCUUGUGCUGAUUACUCGUGCUGUGUUGCCUUUGCUGAUUGCACAAGGCUCUGGCUAUAUUGUCAACAUUUCAUCGCUGCUGGGCGAAAAACCUGUCAAGGGUAGUGCACUGUAUGCAGCCGGCAAAACGUUUGUUGACUAUUUCUCGCAAUCCCUGGAUUGGGAAUAUCGCGACAAAGGAGUCCAUGUGCAGUCUGCGAUGGUUGGGAUGGUGCGCACUGCUUUGCUGCCAUUAGAUCACCACAAAAGCCCAUUUACUGCCGAUGCAGCUGCUGCCAUUCGUAAUGCGAUUGGGUUAAUCGGUGUCCGGCAGCGGCAUCACACUCAUUGGAAGCACGCGUUAAUGUCUCAUUUGGUCAGUUGUCUUCCGGUUAUUGAUCUACUCAAAAAAUGAAUCUGAAUUCGGCUUUCCGUGGAAAUGACUGUUAAUGUUUGCUGCACCCACAGUCGCUUCCACAUUUUAUGAUUUACUCCCUGGCUUGUGCAUAUUCCUUUACUUUUUAUGUGGCUUGCGACUAUCUGUCAUUCUCAAUCAGACUGUCAGCAAUAAGUACUGUACGCUGUUAAGUGUUAACCGUAAUUACUUAGGUACCUUUGAAUCGUUACGGAUAAAACGCCGAUGUUGAGCUUUACACUUCGUACUGAAAUUCUUGCUGUGUUCGUCCUUGCAGUGUGGUUUGGUGUGUUCCAGUUUGAACUGUGUUCUAUUAAAAGGUUGCUUGGA